AUGCGGCCGAAUGUCCAUUUUGUUUUUGUUUCCGAUCAGCUUAUUGCACUCCUUCUGGGAUACAUUGUCGGUGCUUUCACAGCAUGGGCAUUGCUACGCAAGGAGAAGAGGCAGCCCUCCUCUGUCAUAGAGGCACCUCUACCGCCAGUGGUGGAGGAGGAUGAUUUUCAUCUUGAGGGGUCAUUCUCUUCCAUAGGGGAGGAGGAUGAUUUUCAGCUGGAGGGGUCAUCAUUCUUGUCCAUAGAGGCACAACUAUUAAAGGAAUAUGAUUUUCAGCCUGACAGAGAGGCGGAGCUAUCAGAAGAAGACGAUUUUCAGUCUGACAGAGAGGCGGAGCUAUCAGAGGAAGACGAUUUUCAGUCUGACAAAGAGGCGGAGCUAUCAGAGAAAGAUGAUUUUCAUCUUACAGAGAGGCAGAGCUACCAGAAGAAGAGGAUUUUCAGCCUGACUGAGACGCAGAUCUAUCAGAAGAAGAUUCAGCCUGACAGAGAGGCAGAGCUACCAGAGGAAGAUGAUUUUGUGGACACAGAAGCACGGCUGCCGCCGGUAGAUAAAGAUGCGUGGAAGAAGACACUGCCUCCGGGGUAUGAUUUUCAGCUGGAGGGGUCAUCAUUCUUGUCCAUAGAGGCACAACUAUUAAAGGAAUAUGAUUUUCAGCCUGACAGAGAGGCGGAGCUAUCAGAAGAAGACGAUUUUCUUUCUGACAGAGAGGCAAAGCUAUCAGAGGAAGACGAUUUUCAGUCUGACAAAGAGGCGGAGCUAUCAGAAGAGGCAGAGCUACCGGAAGAAGAGGAUUUUCAGCCUGAUAGAGAGGCAGAGCUACCAGAAGAAGAUGAUUUUCAGCCUGACAGAGAGGCAGAGCUACCAGAGGAAGAUGAUUUUGUGGACACAGAAGCACGGCUGCCGCCGGUAGAUAAAGAUGCGUGGAAGAAGACACUGCCUCCGGGGUAUGAGGGUUUUCUUCACGUGUACGAGAAAUACUAUGAACAGAUUGACUCUGUGGUGUGA